AUGGACGGAGGCGACGAGGAUAAGGACGCUGCGAACACCCCCACACACCAGCACCCCAACACACCAGCACCCCCACACACCAGCACCCCCACACACCAGCACCCCGACACACCAGCACCCCAACACACCAGCACCCCGACACACCAGCACCCCCACACACCAGCACCCCGACACACCAGCACUGACAACACCAGCACCCCAACACAAAAGCACCCCGACACACCAGCACCCCAACACACCAGCACCCCAACACACCAGCACCCCAACACACCAGCACCCCGACACACCAGCACCCCGACACACCAGCACCCCGACACACCAGCACCCCGACACACCAGCACCCCAACACACCAGCACCCCGACACACCAGCACCCCGACACACCAGCACCCCGACACACCAGCACCCUAACACACCUACAUCCCGACACACCAGCACCCCGACACACCACCACCCCGACACACCAGCACCCUAA